AUGGAUUUCAGUCGUCGAAGUGUUCACAGAAGUCUGAGUUCCUCCUCACAAGGCCCAGCACUUAGCAUGAGUAGCUCCGUGUAUAGGAAGGGGGGCAUGCAGCGUCUGGGGGCCGCACCCAGUGUCUAUGGUGGAGCUGGAGGCCACGGCACUCGCAUCUCUGUCUCCAAAACCGUAGUGAACUAUGGCAGCAAUCUCUCCGGCGGAGGGGACCUGUUUGCUGGCAAUGGGAAACUAGCAAUGCAGAACCUCAAUGACCGGUUGGCCAGCUACCUCGAAAAAGUGCGGUCCCUGGAGCAAUCCAACUCCAGACUUGAAGCCCAGAUCAAGCAGUGGUAUGAAACCAAUGCGCCUAGCACCAUCCGGGACUACAGUCCCUACUACGCACAAAUCAAAGACCUGCAGAACCAGAUUAAGGAUGCGCAAAUACAAAAUGCCCGCUGCGUCCUGCAAAUUGACAACGCUAAGCUGGCUGCAGACGACUUCAGACUGAAGUUUGAGACCGAGAGGGGGAUGCGUGUCACUGUGGAAGCUGAUCUCCAAGGCUUGAGCAAGGUUUUUGAUGACCUGACCCUUCAAAAGACAGACUUGGAAGUCCAGAUUGAAGAACUGAGCAAGGACCUGGUCCUCCUCCAGAAGGAGCAUCAGGAGGAAGUCGAUGCUCUGCGCAGGCAGCUGGGCACCAAUGUCAACGUGGAGGUGGAUGCUGCUCCAGGCCUGAACCUGGGAGAGAUCAUGAAUGAGAUGAGGCAGAAAUACGAAGUCUUGGCACAGAAGAACCUCCAAGAGGCCAAAGAACAGUUUGAGAAACAGAGCGCAGCCCUGCAGCAAGAAGUCACCGUGAACACCGAGGAACUGAAAGGGACCGAGCUGCAAGUCACGGAGCUGAGACGAACCUACCAGAACCUGGAGAUCGAGCUGCAGUCUCUCCUCAGCAUGAAAGAGUCUCUGGAGCGCACCCUGGAGGAAACCAAGGCUCGUUAUGCCAGCCAGUUGGCAGCCCUCCAGGGAAUGCUGAGCUCCCUGGAGGCCCAACUGAUGCAGAUCCGGAGUGACACCGAGCGCCAGAACCAGGACCACAAUGCCCUUCUGGACAUAAAGACCCGGCUUGAGCAGGAGAUCGCUACCUACCGCCGCCUUCUGGAAGGAGAAGACAUAAGAACUACAGAGUACCAGUUGGCCACUUUGGAAAGUAAGGAUACCAAGAAAACCAGGAAGAUUAAGACCGUGGUAGAGGAAGUGGUGGAUGGCAAGGUCGUGUCCUCUGAAAUCAAGGAGGUGGAAGAAAGGGUAUAGCCCCCUGCCAGGGGAGGCUGCUCCAGCUGAAAAUGAGAGAAAGUGGCCUUCAGAAAACACCAUCAACACUGCGCAGUGAUUACGGUGGGAUGGGGAGUCUACAUAUCAGUCUCUGUAAUUAAAUAUGAAUGUUCUCGCUCUGCGCUGAAGUGUUUGCAAGAUUGAACCAGGGAGUACCAGACUAUUUAAGCCUUCAUCACUGCCAUCUCCAUCACAAGGCCCAUUCAUCACAGGCCCCUUCAUUUAUACUGCAGCUCUCAGUUGGAGGAGUUCUAACAAAUUGCAAAUAAACCUCUCUGGGUUUGUGUUU